AUGUUAGGAAAUGUUGGUCUGGACAAAAACUACCAAACGUACUGUGUUAGGAAAAUGAUGACUAUUGCCAUUCGAAGUACAUACUAUAUUUUUUGCUGCAGAAAUAAGGAAUGGGAAAGUAUAACUAUUAACUAUUUGAAAUAUCUGAUUGUCUUGUAUAUUUAUAUAUUUUCAUGUAUCCUGUCUUUUAUUAGUUGAUAUAGUUGUGAUUCAAAUAGCCAAUUGUAAGUUACCUUAAAUUAGUGAGAUUUACAAUUGUAUAUAUAUAGUAUAUAACAAAAUUAUUAAAGUUUCCAUUAUUAUUAUUAUUAUUAUUAUUAUUAUUAUUAUUAUUAUUAUUAUUAUUAUUAUUAUUUAUUAUUAUUAUUAUUAUUAUUAUUAUUAUUAUUAUUAUUAUUAUUAUUAUUAUUAUUAUUAUUAUUAUUAUUAUUAUUAUUUGUUUGAAUCCAGAAUCACUUCUUCACGUCGUCGCUGGAUGCAAGACCUACCUAAAUGAAGGACGUUUCACGUGGCGUCAUGAUUCGGUGCUUAACUUCAUAGCAUCCAUACUUAAAUCUGUGAACCAUUGUAACCUUUAUGCUGACCUUCCUGGCUAUAUCAGUCCAUCUGUUAUCACCGGAGAUGAAUUGCGCCCUGAUCUUUUAAUAACACUUGAAAACAAAUGUAUUUAUAUACUUGAACUUACCGUCGGAUUUGAAUCUAAUCUCCUCACUAAUGCAACUCGAAAAAGACAAAAAUAUCAAGAUCUAAUUAACGAACAGCUCAAAAAUUAUGAAAAAGUGAAAUUUGUAAAUUUAUCGAUUAGCUCAUUAGGAGUUUUCAGCCACCCGUCGCUAGAUUUCACCGAAAUGCUGAAAGAUCUAAAGUUUGAUGAACAAUGUAGAAAGUACUAUGUUCGAAAAAUUAUUAAUAUAUGUAUCAGGUCCUCGUAUUAUAUAUUCUGUAAGCGUAACAAAGAAUGGGAUAACCCACAACUAAUGUCAUACUAAUAUUGUUAUUAUGUAGAGUGUUAAUUCAAGUAGACACUGGUAAACUACCUGUAAAGAGAGGUUUAUCAUUGUAGUGUGUAUAUAUAUUAUUGAAAGAAAUAAAGUUUCCAUUAUUAUUAUUAUUAUUAUUAUUAUUAUUAUUAUUAUUAUUAUUAUUAUUAUUAUUAUUAUUAUUAUUAUUAUUAUUAUUAUUAUUAUUAUUAUUAUUAUUAUUAUUAUUAUUAUUAUUAUUAUUAUUAUUAUUAUUAUUAGACAUCAGUCCUGAACUUUCUUGCUCAUCAGUUACAAACUGUUGACGGUUCUACUCUCUACGCUGAUCUAAAUGGAUUCAAAAGCCCUUCAAUACUUACAGGUGAUACGUAUCGCCCAGAUUUGUUAUUAUCGUGCCCAAAUGGUUCCUUAUAUGUGGUUGAACUCACCACUGGUUAUGAGACAAACCUCAAAAACAACGUAAAACGGAAGAAGGAUAAAUAUAGAGAAUUAUUGAGACAGCUAGGUAAAAAUUUUAACCAAGUUAAAUUUAUAAAUCUCUCCAUCAGCUCUUUAGGUAUUUUUUGCAGAAGAAUGUUUUACAUUUUUAGACAUAUUAGAUAGUAUUGGUCUUGACAAAAACCACCAAAUGUACUGCGUUAGGAAAAUGAUGACUAUUGCUAUUAGAACUACAUAUUACAUUUUUUGUUGCCGAAAUAAGAAAUGGGAAAAUCCGGAUUUACUAUUUUACGAUUUAUUAUUAUUAUUAUUAUUAUUAUUAUUAUUAUUAUUAUUAUUAUUAUUAUUAUUAUUAUUAUUAUUAUUAUUAUUAUUAUUAUUAUUAUUGUUAUUAUUAUUAUUAUUAUUAUUAUCAUUAUUAUUAUUAUUAUUAUUAUUAUUAUUAUUAUUAUUAUUAUUAUUAUUAUUAUUAUUAUUAUUAUUAUUAUUAUUAUGAAGGACGUUUCACGUGUCUUCAUGAUUCGGUACUUAACUUUAUAGCAUCCAUAUUCAAAUCUGUGGACCAUUCUAACCUUUAUGCUGACCUUCCUGGCUAUAUAAGUCCAUCUGUUUUCACCGGAGAUGAAUUACGCCCGGAUCUUUUGAUAACACUUGAGAACAAAUGUAUUUAUAUACUUGAACUUACGGUCGGAUUUGAAUCUAAUCUCCUCCCUAAUGCAACUCGAAAAAGACAAAAAUAUCAAGAUCUAAUUAAUGAACAGCUCAAAAAUUAUGAAAAAGUAAAAUUUGUAAAUUAAAUUUAUCGAUUAGUUCAUUAAGAGUUUUCAGUCAUUCGUCGCUAGAUUUCACCGAAAUGCUAAAAGCUAAGAUCUAAAGUUUGAUGAACAAUGUAGAAAGUACUAUGUUCGGAAAAUUAUUAACAUAUGUAUCAGGUCCUCGUAUUAUAUUUUCUGUAAGCGUAACAAAGAAUGGGAUUACCCACAACUAAUGCCUUACUAAUAUUGUUAUUAUGUAGCCGUGUUAAAUCAAGUAGUCACUGGUAAACUACCUGUAAAGAGAGGUUUAUCAUUGUAGUAUAUAUAUACAUAUAUACAUAUAUAAAUAUAUAUAAUUAUUUAAAUUCGCAAAACAGCUAUUAGUAUCCAGUUUUUGAUGUAUAUAGCUAAUUGUGUACUUAUAAUGUAGAAAAAUGGAAAAUAUUUCUCGAACUCAAAUUGUGUAAAGCAGGGGUGCGUGUCAUUUCCAACAAACUAAAAAUGGCUUCCGCACAAAAUUUAAAAGUUUUAAUCAUAUUUUGAGUUGAUAGAUGGAACAUUUGUUUGGUUUUUAAUUACUGUACAAAAUUUCAAAUGUAUUAUUGAAAGUAAUAAAGUUUCCAUCAUUGUAACAGUUCCGGUUCUGUUGAAGUCGAAGAAGUUGAUGAUUUCAUCGACAGCGGUCGUGAAUUAAGGGAGCGUGGCAAAAUUGGAAUUGAUCUCAGAAAAAAAGUCCCAGAGCCACCCACGAGUGCCGAACGCUGUCAGUCUUGGGUCAGUCAACAACUAUACAAUGGGAUAACAAGAAGAUCGUGUCGACUUUCAUGCCCACCCACUUUAGAUUUGGCAAGAUUCGCGUUGGGAUCACGCUGGUAUAGAAUUGUGCAAAGAUCCAAAGAAGGAAAUUCAUUUUUUCCAAACUACUGCAUAUUUAGCACUACUUGGAGACGACAAGAUGCCGAUGAAUGUUGCUACACUUAUUACGGAUUCUCUAUUUCCCAAUACUACUUUUACAACCCCUUUUCCCUUUAUUACUAUUACGCUUUCAAUUUUCGAUAUAGAUACCGCUACUAUAGCGGAUUCUCCCUCAAUAGCUUUCCGACAAAAGGCGCAGGGCACUGGCAUCCAUACCAUCCACGAAGAAAUAAUGCUAAAUUUUUGGAAGAACAGGACGCAUACAAUGAUUGCUGCACUCGAUCAGAUAGUACCUCGCAAUCGUGUUCGCGAUUCUACAGCAUUCGCCCGACUUGCAAAACCUCGUUUUGGUUUUUCCCAACAAGAUGGGGUAAGUGCUUUCCCUCAAUAUUCAAUUGACAGGUUAAUUGGCAACCUGCCGGUUAUAGUUAUUUGAUCUAUAAAUAUGUGGUUACAUGCAAGUAUCCAGUUUAUGUCAUUCAGUCACCCGAUACCGUUAUUUAGUUACCCGGUUUCAUAACCUACAAUCAGUUUCAAAUGUCUUGGAUCAGAUGCCACACAAAAUCUUUAAUUCCAACAAAGGUGUGAGGGGAAGGGGUGCCGAAUUUUAUGGGACCAACUCUAUCGGAUCGACUUGUAAUCUAAAACGGCAUGUGUGCCAACAACUUUUGAAAGUGAUUGUACAUUUUCUCACGUUUAUACUCCAUGGAAACGUUUUGUUUUAAAAUAUUAUUACAUUUCAGCUAGCAUGUUUGGUGAUCCACAUUUUGUUUCACUUGAUGGCAAAAACUAUACCUUCAAUGGUUGUGGAUGGUAUACGUAUUUCACAGGAGAAAUACCAGGUCAGAAACUCUUUUCAUGCUUAUUUAAAUCGUAAUUUUUUAUUGAUACCAUGAGCAUGUAUAAAAUGUUCACCUUAUCUGCUUUUUUCUUAAAGUUUAUCACAUUAAAGUCACAAAAUUUUAAUACAAAAGAAAGUUUUUAUUUGUCCGGUCACGAAAACCAAAGAGCUUUGGCUAUUUGUCCACGUAUUCAUUUGACUGGUUCAUUAAUGACUAGCGGUUGUAUUACACAAUAAUACCGGAACAUUAUAUACCCGCACCUAACCCCUUCCUUAACCUCUACUCAUAACCUCUAAUCUCUAACCCAUUGUAAUUCAUCUUCGCUAUAAGAUAUAAAAAUAUUACGUUUCGACUUACAAAUAUUGUGUCACAAUAUUGAAGUCUCGAAUUAAAUAUUUUGCAACAUAUUCGUCUCAAAGGUAUCCAGCAAAUUAUUAAUUAAGUUAAUCUAAAGCGAAUAGCUCGACUAAACAGAUUGCAGAAUAGCUCAUAUACGGUGGAUGAAUAUAUUUGUAAAUACAGAUCACCUGCUUGAACCUACUUGACCUCGCAGCUUGGGUAGUUCAACUAUAGGUCGCGAGAUAGAUUCCCGUCAAGCAAUUUUUCAGUUUACCAUGUGUAUCGCAAUUCAGUCUCAGGGUAUAGCAUCAUCUAAAUUUAGAUGGCUGGACCGUAUGUGCCAGAGUGAAUCGCAAGAGGCAAGAUCUCGCCUCGUAUAUAUUUGUUGUAUGUUUUCGAGAUUUUAUUGACAUUGAAACCGAAGGAGGUGAGAUAUCACAUUAACUCCGCGGGCUUAAAUUCCGGUUCGACGGUCCAUGCAGCAUAGCUCAAACAAACAGUCUUAACAUUCAACGUUUCACUCAGGUCAAUUAAUUAAAGUUCUCAAAUAUGCUGGACAUGCAGGAACGGAGCUGGAUGGGAUGAGGGUGGGAUUAGUCUGCAAAUUAUUGUAUCCCAGUCGCAAAACACGAAUUGGUUAGCAUGGGAAAACCUGAAAUAUUUGAAUGAAAUCCAUUAAAAACAAAUAAUAUAUCUAAUUAUAGGUUUGAAUUUCCUAUCGUGUAGACGAAUUUCCAAACAUUUUUCAAUUGAUGUUUUGGUUAUUUGCGGCACAAUGUUCAUCCCGGAAAUUCUAUUUUCGUAAGUAACUGUCUUAACAUUACAGUUCUAUAUUUGUAUUAGGUAACAACGAAAGCUCUCUUGUGGUUCAAGUUCGCACAACAAGGAUUGGCAAUGUUAAUGCAACUGGUUUUACCGGAAUUGCUGUCAAGGAGGGUAAUACAGAAGUCGUUCAAGUCAACCUAAGAUCAGGAGGUAUACACAUGAUGUUUAUAAAUAAUUUCCAUCUACACAAGCCAAUAUUUUGUUCUAUCCUGUGAAAUGCACAACAUUUUGAUAUUAGGUCUUUUACACUGUGUAGUAAUAAGUAAUCACAUAUCAUAAGCCGGGAAAAGAAGCGUUUGGAAAGUAUUGUUUAAUUAAGAAGCAUAGGACUGCCAAUUAUAAUAAUAAAUGACUCCUAUAUCACUUAGGGGCCAUUCACAAAGGAUGUCCGGCCAAAUGAUGGAUUUUCAGACCCCCCCUCCCCCCCUUGUCCGGCAUUGUCCGAAUUAGUGACCCCCCCUCCCCCCGGACAUCCGCCAUGCCUCGCAAAAACUCAAGCAAACUUGUAUAUAUCAAGAGUAAACAACUUUUUUACUUUUAGAACUUUUUUAUAACUGUAAAUGUGAACACAAAAACAUAUAAAUUACUAAUUAAAACAAAAUCUAGUGUUAACCGCAUAGUUAAAAUGCCAAUUUCACAAUGGGAAGGACUGCUCAAAAUAGAGGGAAAAAGAAAUUUGUUUUUGAAUUUUUUUAAAUUUCGGACAUCCGGAUUGCUAAAAAAAAACCCCUCCCCCCCUAUGUCCGAGUUUGUCCUGAUUUCUUCUCCAAACCCUCCCCGGCUUGGACAUCCUUUGUGAAUGGCCCCUUAUCUAUAGUACUAGUGAACAGCCUAAAGCACAAAAGAUAGUUUGCUACCUUUUUGCGUCAGCUAUCGCGCAGCACCACAUUUCUACUGGGCAGUCAACACAACUGAAAUUGCCACCGAUCAAUACUUUACUUUGAAUUAUCUUUCAGAACCACUUAGAGAUAUUGAAAGCUAUGUUUAAUCAUUAUUCAGACAUUGACCGGGAACCGGCCGAAAACAGUUUUCUUUCAAAUUUUAAUUGAACUGAUAUUUGGAUAUUUUGUUCCAUUCAUUAAAAAUUUAUACUAAAAUAAUUAUUCACCUCAGGCUCAGUCAUUCCGCUGAAUAUUCACUACGACUUUGUCUCGGUGAAUAUUCGCCGGUAUUCACUUCGCUUUGGCGAAUAAUUGUUAAUUAUAACCACAAUUAUAUUACCCGUCUCCAGAUUCUUACGUUUUUUCUAAUUUAUUUCUUAACUUAAGGUGGUCUGCAAAUACGAGUCAAUGGCAGUGAUUUCACUCCUAGUUCGAAUGCAACAGAACUGGACAGUGGCAUUGUUCUAUCUCUGGCCAAUGACACAUUUGAAAUAGGAACACCGCUUGGAAGUGGAGUACGAAUUAAAGAAGCAGCAAACGGCACGUUUUUUACAUUUGUGACGGCGUUCUUAUCUUCUUACGAAAAUUCAUCAGUUGGAUUAGGAGGAAAAUGGAACGGCAACAUGGAAGACGACUUCACCUUACCGGAUGGAACCGUUUUACCAAUUAAUAUGAAUGAUUCAGAAAUUUUUCAUAAAUUUGGUGAAGCAUGUGAGUUUAUUUCUAAUUAUUGCAGACAGUCAAUUACCCCUGAUAAACUUGUUAUACCUGUAGAAGGUGCAGAAAGUGAUUUAAUGUCAUUGUCAUUUUCUAUUUGGACUGAUGCAGUGCAUGUAAUUAAUCAUAUAUCAACGUAGAAAAUAUCACACGAGUAGCAGCAUACAUAAGUAACUUAUACGUAACUGUUUUGAAACUGCGAUAUAUAUAGGAGAUGAUAAUAUAACAUUUUUCAUCCGCAUGUAGGGAGAGUACCCAAUAGUGAAAUAAUAUACGAAAACAUAGAUGACGACGAUGUUGCGUUCGCAUGCCCGAACGGCUUUGUUCCAAUCUUCCUUGACGAAGCACUCGCUGAUAUGGAUGCAGAUUUAAGGACAGAAGCUGAACGAGUUUGUGGUGAUGACAUCUCGUGCAUUUUUGACAUCGCGGCAACAAAGGAUGUUUCAAUUGGUGAAUCAACAUUAUCAGAAAUCACUACCAUAAACAAUGAAAUAUCACAAGUGGGUAUGUACUUAUUAUGCUAAACCAUGUUGACUUUGUUAGUCAGAUAUUUAUCCUUUUUAUAAGGCAGUUUCUCCGCAAUUUUUAGUAAGAUAUAAAGCUAAAUGAAAUAAAAUUGCAUUCUGUGUACUAUACGAUUGACAAUUAGCCUAUGAAGCAUGAAGAAGUUGAAGGCAACAUUAGGAAAGAUAAAACUGAGGAUUUUGCAUCCAAAACAACAAAAAGAAAAUAAAAGUUAAAAAAGGAUCUUUUCAGCAGAGUUUGAUUGUUGCCAGAAAAAUCGCAAUAUAUUUCAACAGUUUUUAAUCGAACGCGCGUUGAGAAUAAACAUCUUGAAUCAUAAUGAGCCGCACUGAUUCGCGCGUUGCAUUUCGGAAAGACCCUCAUUCCUCCUCUGACCUGUAGGUGAAUAUAACAGAUUAAUACGUCAAAUUUGACCAAUCACCUUGUAUAGGAUUUGUUAUGUUCACUUGUGCAAAAAUGCUAAACCUUUAUAUUGUCACUACCUCAAAAUUAUUAAUCAGUACUUAUAAUGUAUGGGUAUAAAAACCUUGGAUACUUUAUCCAAAUAAUGCGACUAUAUUUGCAUGAUGGCGUGUUAUCAGUAUCAGUUUAGAGAGUCUGUUUGGUGGCGUAUAUGGCUAGAAUACGGUAUAAAAUCUGAAAUUUCCAACAACUCAAAUAUCCUACCGCCAUUACACCGCAGCAAUAACAUUAACAGAAGUACAGAACAUCAAAGUAAUAAAUUAUGUAUUUCUAACGAUAUAUAGAAAACAGUCUUCCCAUGUUUACCCAAAAUUUGACUGUUAUGAACGUUACGUUGGGAGAGACGUUCAACCUGGUUUUGGAUGCCGAAGAUCCGGAUGACGAUGAGCUAACGUUCGAUGUUCCUUCUCUUCCACCUGGAGCAAGCUUUACUUCUUCUGGAAAUCAGUUAAUUUUUUCCUGGGAUGUAAACUCCGCAGAGACG